AUGACGGACGUUCCAGGCGCACCAGGCUCAGAGGAUAGCCGUUUUGUGACCAUUCACAUUGAGCGGACGCACGGAAAGAAAUCCGCAGGGAGGCGAGCCUUCCGUGAUCAAAGCAGCAAAGAGAACAAGAUCACCAAGGCUUGUCUUGCAUCGAUGGGUUUCAACCCAACCUCGAGUCCAGUGAACCUUAAGUGGUCAGUGGGGGGCUGGGACUGGGAGCAUGAUUUCAACAUCGUCGACAGCGCAGAUCAUGAGAUUGUCCUGGGCACUGACUCCCUGGAGGAGAUUCCCUCCGGCAUCCCGGAAGCAUUUCCAAUUUUUGGACGGCGCAUGAACAAAGAAGAACGAGAGAAGUUCGAGCAAUGGGAGAGGGAGAGCCGUGCCCGCAAGGAAGCGGAAAGGGAAGCCAGGAAGAAGAAGGCAGAGGCAGAGGCACAGGCAGAGGCGAAGGCGGAGGCAGAGGCGAAGAAGCGGCAGGAGACGGCUGCUCGAGGACAGAAGCACCGACUUUAA